UUAUUUCGCCGGUUUGCUUCUCCGCCUGUGUAUCUAGCCUGGAAAAGUGCAUGUUAUCUUUUCGCAAACUUCUUUAGCCUUCUUUUCGGCAGCCACUUCCCUCUGCUCCUUCUGUAGCUUGGACCCAUCACUGGUCAAAUUCACCUGGCCUCUUGGAGAAAUCAUGAUUGUUACUGUGAUUUUUCUUGUUUAUCUACCUAGUGGAGUGCUAAGAGUGCAGGCAGUGAGGUUGUGCUAUCUGGUUUCAAGUGCUGCCUCUCACUUCUAACAGUGUUAGCUGGGCAUGUUACUUAACCUCUCUGUGCCCACUUCAAGUGUGAAACAUAAUACUACUACCUAGAAAAUAGGACGAUUGUAUUACUUGAGAUAAUACGUGGAAAGCACUGGCAUACUGAAAGCAUUCGAUGAGUGUUAACCAUUACUUUUUGCACUACUAUGCACUCUUAUUCCCUGUUGGAACAUACCUGUGCUUAAGGACAACUGGAACCAGAUUUCCUGCUACCCUUUAUGUCCCCCCCACUUUUUUUUAUUUUUACGGAUACUCGGCUUUUAAUUAAUUGAUGAUGCCUGGCACCCUCUUCGGAACUGUGAGCCCCUCCAGACAAAGUUGGAAUCUUAUAUAGAAAACAACUUUAACCCUGCUGGAAAUAACCUGCUUAGUUAUUGUGCUAGUUAAUGGGGGAAAGUUGAAUAAAACCCAGGCCCUACCCUCAAGAACGUGGAGAUACUCAAUAAAUGAUAGUGGGAGGAAGGAAGUCAACCCAGGAAAAAGCAGAAGGGACCAGCUGAGCUGAAGAUUUAUCUUUGCCCAAAAAUGUCGCAGAAUGACAGAACUGAAAGGAACUUUUAGAGGCAAUCACUUAAUCAACCUCCUGCUGUUACAGAAAACUUGUCACAGAUUGGGUAUUCCAGAUUGGAGAUGAGAAGGUUUUUGUUAGGAAUCGAGUGGAAGCAGGAUUGUUCAGAGGAAGUAGUUGAACUGCUAUUCAGGUCCAGCAAAUCCUCAGCCAUCCUGGGAGGGACCUUAAGAUAUGACUUUACUCCGUGACAUAAAAGAAGGACUACAGAAAGCUGUAAUAGACCAUACAAUAAAAGCCAUUGUGAUUUGUGGAGCAGAGGGCAAAUUUUCUGCAGGUGCUGAUAUUCGUGGCUUCAGUGCUCCUAGGACAUUUGGCCUUACACUGGGACAUGUAGUAGAUGAAAUACAGAGAAAUGAGAAGCCCGUGGUGGCAGCAAUCCAAGGCAUGGCUUUCGGAGGGGGACUAGAGCUGGCCCUGGGCUGUCACUAUAGGAUUGCCCACGCAGAGGCUCAAGUUGGCUUACCAGAAGUUACUCUGGGACUUCUCCCUGGUGCAAGAGGAACCCAGCUUCUCCCCAGACUCACUGGAGUUCCUGCUGCACUUGACUUAAUUACCUCAGGAAGACGUAUUUUAGCAGAUGAAGCACUCAAGCUGGGCAUUCUAGAUAAAGUUGUAAACUCAGACCCGGUUGAAGAAGCAAUCAGAUUUGCUCAGAGAGUUUCAGAUCAACCUCUAGAAUCCCGUAGACUCUGCAACAAGCCAAUUCAGAGCUUGCCCAACAUGGACAGCAUUUUUAGUGAGGCCCUCUUGAAGAUGCGGAGGCAGCACCCUGGGUGUCUUGCACAGGAGGCUUGUGUCCGUGCAGUCCAGGCUGCUGUGCAGUAUCCCUAUGAAGUGGGCAUCAAGAAGGAGGAGGAGCUGUUUCUAUAUCUUUUGCAAUCAGGGCAGGCUACAGCCCUGCAAUAUGCUUUCUUUGCUGAAAGGAAAGCAAAUAAGUGGUCAACUCCCUCCGGAGCAUCGUGGAAAACAGCAUCAGCGCGGCCUGUCUCCUCAGUUGGUGUUGUUGGCUUGGGAACAAUGGGCCGAGGCAUUGUCAUUUCUUUUGCAAGGGCCAGGAUUCCUGUGAUUGCUGUAGACUCGGACAAAAACCAGCUAGCAACUGCAAACAAGAUGAUAACCUCAGUCUUGGAAAAAGAAGCCUCCAAAAUGCAACAGAGCGGCCACCCUUGGUCAGGACCAAAACCCAGGUUAACUUCAUCUAUGAAGGAGCUUGGUGGUGUAGAUUUAGUCAUUGAAGCAGUAUUUGAGGAAAUGAGCCUGAAGAAGCAGGUCUUUGCUGAACUCUCAGCUGUGUGCAAACCAGAAGCAUUUUUGUGCACUAAUACUUCAGCCCUGGAUAUUGAUGAGAUUGCUUCUUCCACUGAUCGUCCUCACUUGGUCAUUGGUACCCACUUCUUUUCGCCAGCUCAUGUCAUGAAGUUGUUAGAGGUUAUUCCCAGCCAAUACUCUUCCCCCACUACCAUUGCCACUGUUAUGAACUUAUCAAAAAAGAUUAAAAAGAUUGGAGUCGUUGUAGGCAACUGUUUUGGAUUUGUGGGGAAUCGAAUGUUGAAUCCUUAUUACAAUCAGGCAUAUUUCUUGUUAGAAGAAGGCAGCAAACCAGAGGAGGUAGAUCAGGUGCUGGAAGAGUUUGGUUUUAAAAUGGGACCUUUUAGAGUGUCUGAUCUUGCUGGGUUGGAUGUGGGCUGGAAAUCUAGAAAGGGACAAGGUCUUACUGGACCUACAUUGCCUCCAGGAACUCCUGCCCGAAAAAGGGGUAAUAGGAGAUACUGCCCAAUUCCUGAUGUGCUCUGUGAAUUAGGACGAUUUGGCCAGAAGACAGGUAAGGGUUGGUAUCAAUAUGACAAGCCAUUGGGUAGGAUUCACAAACCUGAUCCCUGGCUUUCCAAAUUCCUAUCACAGUAUAGAGAAACCCAUCACAUUGAACCACGUACCAUUAGCCAGGAUGAGAUCCUUGAGCGCUGCUUAUAUUCACUUAUCAAUGAAGCAUUCCGUAUCUUGGGAGAAGGGAUAGCUGCUAGCCCAGAGCACAUUGAUGUUGUCUAUUUACAUGGAUAUGGAUGGCCAAGGCACAAGGGCGGGCCCAUGUUCUAUGCUUCCACAGUUGGGUUGCCCAGAGUUCUAGAGAAGUUGCAGAAAUAUUACAGGCAGAACCCUGAUAUUCCCCAACUGGAGCCAAGUGACUAUCUAAAAAAACUGGCUUCUCAGGGAAACCCUCCCCUGAAAGAAUGGCAAAGCUUGGCAGGCUCCCCUAGCAGUAAAUUGUGAUUCAGUCUUCCAGAUUACGCCUCACAUGCUAGCAUCAGGUAAUGCUGACUGAAUUUCAGUGAAAUUAAAUCAAAAAUCCAAAGUAAGAUUGUUCUGAAAUACAAAGCAAAAGAAAUAGUUAGUAGAAUCUUCUGUGUGACGACUCUAAUGGUCAAAUCUUUAGGAAUGUGCUUCCUAUGCCUCUGAAUCUGUCCUUAUCAGACAAAUUCAAUGCAUGAACUUGUGUGAAUGUAAUACCAUAAUAGCUGAUGUAAGAGGCUCAGGCAUAAGUUGAGAUUCUCAAAUGCUUUGAUCAUUGGAUAAAUGUGUCAUCAAUUAAUAAAUGAUAAAUGCAGCUAAGUCAUACAUUCAUUUUGACUCCUUUCAAUGUCACACACAUAGUAUUGAUCAGAAAUCUUAUGAAUCAUACAUACACUCAACAAACAUUAAAGUUGUAGGAAAAAGACAGUUGGAAAUUGGUAAGGGAACUGAGUACUUCAGACCAGCACAGGGAACUCAGGUUAGUGUGGCAAGCCUUUCCUCUUCUGGUCUUUCCUCCUCUGUUUAUGGAGAAAUAAUAGAAAGUAGUAAGUCGUUAACUUAGUGUAAGAAGGGUCUUAGAGAACAUCUAACCUUCUAGGAUUUCCGAAUUCUGUGAUAGAGUAAUGACACCAGUUUCCCUGUCAUGACAAGCCUCUGUGAUGUUACAUAUGGAAAUGGUUGAAUCUUGAAAAAUCUAAAAUUGUUGCAAAACAUAUUUUGUAUGAUUUUGUUGUAAGAGUUCUUCUCUUUUUACUUUUUGCCUUGUGUAGUUAAAAAUUAAGGGGCUGGUCAAUACAAAAACUUGUACACAAAUAUUUAUAGCAGAAUUAUUCAUAAUGGCCAAAAGCUGGAUACAACCCAAAUGUCUAUGAACUAAUGAAUAGAUAAACCAAAUCUGGUAUAUCCAUACAAUGGACUAUUAUUCAGCCAUAAAAAGAAAUAAAGGGCCAGGCACAGUGGCUCACACCUGUAAUCCCAGCACUUCGGGAGGCUGAGGCAGGAGGAUUGUUUGAGGCCAGAAAUUUGAGACCAGCCUGGGCAACAUAGCAAAACCCUGUCUCUACAAAAAAUACUUUCCGUACAUUAGUGGUUGCCUAAGGCUAGAAUUGGGGGUGAUGGAUGGGGAGUACAGGAUUCAUCUAAUGGGUACAGGAUUUCUUUAUGGUUCAUGAAAAUGGUCUAAACUUAUUGUGGUAAUGGUCACAUAACAAUAUAUUAAAAACCAUUGAGUUGUGUAUUUUAAGUGGGUGAAUUAUAUGGUAUGUGAAUUAUAUCUCAAUAAAGUUGUUAGUAAAUAAAUGGGGCUGAAGAUGUUAUCCUUCAUUGUGGUGUAAAUGAACUUUCACAAUAUUUUCACCUGUGAACCCAAAUAAAAUGAUGAAAGUUCUGAUGGAAAAAUCUUGAAUGAAUAGAGUAUAAGUUUUCUGUUGUUAAAAAGCAAACAAAAAACCAACAAAAAAUCCAAGUGUGCCUUGAAUUGUACAGAGCACAAUUAUUACGUUUGAAAUGUGUACUACUUAAUUUUAUAUAAUUUGGUUUGUGAAAUUAAAGACAUCAAUAAAAAUGAUUCCUGAAAGUAGUAA